AUGGACAGGGAGAGGUGGCAACGGGUACUGACCCUCCUCCCCAUCUGCCUGGCGCUUGCCUUCUCCCUCACGGCCAUGGGCAGCAGCCACUGGUGUGAGGGGAUCCGGCGGAUGACAAAACCACUGUGCCAGGACCUCCUGGGGGGACUGAACUGCAUUCACUUCAGCCGGGCCAGCAGCAGCCCUGGAAGAAGGCACGGUGAUAGCCAGGCUGUCCAGUACAUCUGGGAGACGGGGGACGACAAGUUCAUCCAGCGCAGGUUCCACGCGGGGCUCUGGCAGUCCUGUGAGGAAAGUCUCAACAGCACAGGCGAGCGAUGCAGGUGCUUCCUGGGGAUAGUGCCCACCGAGGGACAAGGUGUCUUGUGGCUCUCCAUUGGGGCUGAAGUCUUGGAUGUCUUCCUGAUACUGACAGGUGUCAUCUUCCUGGGCUUCAGUGUGAGUUGUUACCAUUCUGGAUGCAACUGGCUCCAGGUGGAUGCCUCAGUGGCCAUCCUCAUGGUGCUUGCAGGGCUCCUGGGCAUGGUGGCCCAUAUGAUGUACACAACUAGUUUUCAAAUCACUGUGAACCUGGGACCAGAAGAUUGGCGGCCCCAGACAUGGGACUACGGCUGGUCCUAUUGCCUUGCCUGGGGAUCUUUCGCCCUCUGUAUGGCUGUGGCAGUGGCGACCAUGAGCAGAUACACCUCCACCCACACAGAGAAGCCAAGGGCACAGAGAGGCGGUCUGUACCCUCAGCACACCAUCCCACAGCCUGAGGCAUCACAGCUGGUUUGGCAGACAGGAGCUGCUCCCCGCUCUGUGGGACAAGUCUUCGUGAAUGUUCCUGGACACCAUCCCCUAGGAACAGGAGGCAAAGUGUCUGUGUGCUAGCUUUGUGUGCCUGCAGAUGAACCAGGCACUUGUUACCACAAUGGGGUUCAGAAGACUAUGGUAUAGAUAAACCUUCCGGUACCCACCUCUGGAUUCAGCCUCUCAUGCCUCCCACAAUGCCAGUAUCUUUAGAGGAGAUAAUGUCUGUGGAAGGUAUCAACUACUGACACCCUAGUAUAAAAUAACAUCCUAGGCUUCCCUGGCUCUGUGCUUACUAAGUCUCCCAAAGGAAGCAGAAUCAUGAAAGUCUUAAGGGGAAAAGAAGACAAGGGAAAAGACUCCCCAUCCCUUACAGCAGAUUUGGAAUAUGUUACCUGCAUGGAUUUAGUGACGGACAAAACCAGAAUAGUUUUCUCUA